AUAUGACGGCAGUUAACAGCGAACGCUCACAACGCUUCCAUGUCAGUUACACGGAGUGGCGCCAAACGAAACGUCAAAUCGAUUAAAGUUUGAAAUUGGAACUUGAAAAAAACAUUUCGUAACUAACGUUCGGAAAUUCGAUUUUAUGUGAUAAAGUGAUAGUUAAAAACGGUAACAAGUUAACAAGUUUAGUGCUAGUUUUUGUGGGAUGCAUUGUCGGCAUGUGCAUUGCCGAAUGUGGUGAUAUUUUAAAAAAGUUUUCGCCACAAGGCUCCAACGGCCAGUAUCAGUGCAAGGCGUGAUGGAGCACGCGUUGCAGCAUCGCGAGAGGGUGGGGGUACAGGACUUCGUGCUGCUAGAGGACUACCGGUCGGAAGCCGCGUUCAUAGACAACUUGAGGAAGCGGUUCAAUGAGAAUAUUAUCUAUACUUACAUCGGCAACGUGCUUAUAUCAGUGAACCCGUACAAGCCUCUCCCGAUCUACACAGAAGAGAAGACGAAGCUAUACUACAAGAAAGCGUUUUUCGAAGCGCCGCCACACGUAUUCGCCAUCGCUGACAACGCGUACCGAUCUCUCGUUUACGAGCAUCGUGAACAAUGUAUUUUGAUCUCAGGAGAAUCUGGGUCCGGCAAAACGGAAGCGUCAAAGAAAGUUCUAGAAUAUAUAGCGGCAAGGACCAAUCACUUGCAAAGCGUGGAAACAGUCAAGGACAAACUGCUGCAAAGCAAUCCUCUCCUAGAAGCUUUUGGCAAUGCCAAGACACAUAGAAAUGACAAUUCAAGUCGUUUCGGAAAGUAUAUGGACAUUCAGUUCAAUUAUGAAGGUGCUCCAGAAGGAGGUCAUAUAUUGAACUAUCUCCUGGAGAAGUCCAGGGUCGUGAGCCAGAUGUCUGGAGAGAGAAACUUCCAUAUUUUCUAUCAGUUGCUCGCUGGUGCUGGUCCGGAGUUGUUGCAGCAAUUGAGGCUUCAAGGAAGACCUGAGAUGUACAAAUAUACUACGGAUAUCGUACCAGGUAGUCAAAAACUAAAUGAUGCAGAACAGUUCAGAACAGUACUAGAAGCAAUGAAGGUCAUUGAAAUAUCUGAAGACGAGCAGAAGGAAAUCUUCGAGAUUGUGGCCAGCGUGUUGCAUCUCGGCAAUGUGAAGUUCGUGCAGAAUGAGAAGGGAUAUGCUGAAAUUCUGAACCAUGACGCCAAUAGCGGGAAUGUUGCUAGUCUCCUCAAAGUAGACCAAGCGAAGCUUCGCGAAGCUCUCACGAGUAGAACAAUAGACGCUCGUGGUGAUGUGGUCAAUACUCCUUUAGACCUGGAACAGGCGCAAUAUGCGAGAGAUGCUCUAGCCAAGGCCAUAUAUGAGAAGCAUUUUAGCUGGCUGGUCUCCAGACUGAAUUCUUCCUUGGCCCCUAAAGAUAAGGAACCUAAUUCCUCCGUUAUGGGUAUACUGGAUAUCUAUGGAUUCGAAAUAUUCCCGAAGAAUAGUUUCGAACAGUUUUGCAUCAACUUCUGCAACGAGAAGUUGCAGCAGCUGUUCAUCCAGCUGACUCUGAAGCAGGAGCAAGAAGAGUAUCUCCGCGAGGGUAUCGAGUGGGAGCCUGUGGAGUACUUUAACAAUAUCGUUAUCUGUGAUCUUAUUGAAGCCAGGCAUCAGGGAAUAAUUUCAAUUUUGGAUGACGAGUGUCUACGUCCAGGAGAUGCGACUGAUCUCAGUUUCUUGGAGAAACUGAGCCAGAAACUAGAUGGCCAUGCGCAUUACAAGUCACACCGGAAGGUCGACGUUAAGACUCAGAAACUCAUGGGGAGAGAUGAAUUCUGUCUCGUCCACUACGCGGGUGAAGUUACAUACAACGUGAACACGUUCUUGGAGAAAAACAACGAUCUGCUGUUCCGAGACUUGCAGGGACUCAUGGCGACGUGCGGGAACGCCACUCUUGGCUCUUGCUUUAAGGCCCUAAACCUGUCCAGUAAGAAACGUCCCGAGACCGCGAUCACACAGUUCAAGAUCUCUCUCAACGAACUCAUCAAGAUCCUCAGCAGCAAGGAGCCCUCCUACAUCAGGUGUAUCAAGCCUAAUGACUUCAAAAUGCCCAUGCAAUUCGACGAUAAACUCGUGUCCCACCAAGUGAAGUACCUCGGCCUGAUGGAGAACCUGCGCGUGCGCCGCGCCGGCUUCGCGUACAGACGGACUUACGAAGCCUUCCUUGAACGAUACAAAUGUCUAAGCAAAGAAACUUGGCCGAACUACCGCGGUCCAGCGCGUGAUGGUGUGCAGAAGUUGGUAGAAGCACUUCAAUACCAAAGCGAAGAUUAUAGGAUGGGCAACACAAAAAUCUUCAUCCGUUUCCCGAAAACUCUAUUCGAAACGGAAGACGCUUUCCAAAUAAAGAAGAACGACAUCGCGACAAUCAUACAAAGCCGCUGGCGAGGAUACUGGCAGAGGAAGCAGUACCUCAAGAUGAGGGAAUCUGCCAUCAUCAUACAGAAGUGGGUCAGGCGGUAUCUGGCGCAGAGGCUCAGGGAGAGAAGAAGGAAAGCUGCUGACGUCAUCAGGGCUUUCAUUAAAGGCUUCAUCACCCGCAACGGGCCCGAGACGCCGGAGAACCGGCGCUUCCUCGGCAUCGCGAAGGUGCACUGGCUCAAGCGGCUCGCGCAGCAGCUGCCGCGCAGGCUGCUGGACGACGCGUGGCCCGCCUGCCCCGCCACGUGCGCCGACGCGUCGCGCCAGCUGCGCCGCCUGCACCGCGCGCACCUCGCGCGCCGCUACCGCCUCGCGCUCAGCGCGCCCGACAAGAGGCAGUUCGAGCUCAAAGUGCUCGCCGAGAAGAUGUUCAAGGGAAAUAAGAACAGUUAUCCGAGCAGUGUGGGGGAGCGCUUCGUGGAGGACCGGCUGUCACCGGAGCACCGCGUGCUGCGGGACACCUUCAUGGCGUCGCCCUCCUGGCCCACUGGCGAACAGCUCAUUUACUCCUGCGAAGCGGUCAAGUACGAUCGUCGCGGAUAUAAGCCUCGUGAACGGGCUUUGCUCGCGUCUGACAAAGCGUUGUACGUGCUAGAUGCGUCCGGUCGGAAGACAUACAAACUGAAACAUCGCUUACCGUUGGAUAAAUUGAGGGUAGUUGUCACCAACGAAACGGACGGACUCAUUUUGAUUAAGAUACCGCAAGAGCUAAAGAAGGAUAAGGGAGACCUAAUUAUUUCCGUGUCGCACGUGAUCGAAGCAUUGACGAUCGUCACAGACUAUACGAAGAAACCGGAAAUCAUUGAAAUCGUUGACACUAGGACCAUAGCCCAUAACCUGGUGAACGGCAAGCAAGGCGGCACCAUCGAGGUGACGCACGGCCCGCAGCCCGCCAUACAGCGCGCCAAGAGCGGGAACUUGCUUGUCGUGGCUGCCACUCCUUAAACCAGUAUUUAAAAAUCAGUGAGAUAAUAUGACCACAUCGAAACAUAUUUUAUUGCUAUUACCAUUUUUUAUUGUUAUUAACUGUAAUUUAUUCCUAGUCUUAAGAAGAAAUCUUAUCAAGCGGCAUUAUUUUACAUUGUAUUACAUACUUUUAGCAAAAUAAAAGAAAUACUUAAAUAAUAUAAUAAUAAAGAAAUCAUGACAAGAAAUACAAAUUUAACGACCUUCCAUUUGUAAUAAAAUAGUAUCAGAUAAGCUAAAGCUUUAUAUAUGACGUUAUUUAAUUUAAAAUUAAAAUGUUUUAUUAUCUCUAGUAUGUACUUAUAACUUGCGUAAUUUUAUAUUAUUUUUAUACAUGUAAGUACACGUUUUCGUACAAAGUACUUAGUUAUAAUGCCAUAAGAAUUUUCCACAUGAGCGAAAUGUGUCGAUUUACUUAUAAAGAAAAGAAUCAUGCAAUAAUAAAUUUAAAAAUUUUAAUUUAUUAGUUUGCAGUAACAGUAGGAGGCCACAUUUUUAUCGUUGACAUUGUCAAUUUGACAAUUGACAUAAAUAUUGGCGCCAAAAUUUAUUUUACGUUUAAAAUUUAACCUCCAUAUCCUCCAUAACAUUCUUUAUUUUUGUUGAAAAAAUUUUGUAAUUUUUACUGCGUAGUGCGUACCAAUAAUAUGUACCUAUUUAAGAACUAAUUUGAGUUUUAAUUAGAAAAAAUAUGUAUGUUACCGUAAAAUUAUAAACACUGUUAAAUUACAAUCUUACGGCGGCAUAUUUAAACUAUAUAGCUUAAUAACUAUAUAACUAUAUAGUGAAAACAUGUACAAAGUUUUCAUUGCAAGCCAAGCUACAUUUAAGCGACUUGCAUAUUAUGUAAUCGUCUUUUAUUACCUAGGUACUGAUUUUUUUUUGUUAAAUUUAUAAAACAUAUUCAAAGAAAACCAUAUCUCACAUUCUGUUAGUAUAAGGUGAAGCCAAACACGAAUAUAAAUAUAUUAUGAAGUUUGGCAUCAAAAUAAUGAUACCAUUACUUAAAUGUUUUAACCGAAGUACGUAUUUCUAGUAUUUAUAUUAAAUCAAAUUGACAUAAAUAUACAUUGAGUGUUUGUGAGCAACUAUCUAUAAGUAGGUAGAUAUUAAUUUUAAAAGUAUAUUUGACACAUUUCCUUAUGAAUUUCUGCUGUAAGCUGAAUCAAAGGUGCCUUUGAGAAAUAUAGAGUGUAGACUACCAAAUUUGUACUGUUACGAUACUAAAAUCACUAUUUACAUGCAAAUAUAUAUUGAAAACUAGUUUCUUGUAGAAUACGUGAAAAAUUGGCCAUAAUAUUAUAUAGGCGAAUGCGUGCCUUAUUGUAAAUGAUGGUAGUCAUUUUUAAUAAAUAAAUGUAUUUGAAAA